CCACAAACACACACACACACUCAGUCAGGAUUUGUCCUCGUCUCAGUGAUAUAUGUGGCUUCGUGUGACUUUACUCACCCGAUCUGAGCAGCUCUGAGGGACUUUGGACACCGCGGCCGUUCUGCGCUUUUACGCACUGCUCUGAACCCCCCGCAGGAGGAUUUUACAGGCGUCUGUAGCACUCGCUCUUCUGCAUGAAUCUCUUCGACUCCUGCCUGAAGAUGAGCGCCGAGCAGGACAAGAGUCUCUCCGACGCGCCCAGCCCGAGCAUGUCCGAGGACUCCGCGUCCGGAUCGGGCUCGGACAGCGAGAGCAGCCGCCUCACAGACUUCAAGAAGGACGAGGAGGGAGACAAGUUCCCCGUGUGCAUCAGGGACGCGGUGUCCCAGGUGCUGAAGGGCUACGACUGGACCCUGGUGCCCAUGCCUGUGCGAGUGAACGGCUCCAGCAAGAGCAAGCCGCACGUCAAGAGACCCAUGAACGCCUUCAUGGUUUGGGCUCAAGCCGCGCGCAGGAAGCUGGCGGAUCAGUACCCGCACCUGCACAACGCCGAGCUCAGCAAGACCCUCGGCAAACUCUGGAGGUUACUGAACGAGGGUGAGAAGCGUCCGUUCGUGGAGGAGGCCGAGCGUCUGAGGGUGCAGCACAAGAAAGACCACCCCGACUACAAGUACCAGCCCAGACGGAGAAAAUCAGUGAAGAACGGCCAGAGCGAGAGCGAGGACGGCGAGCAGACCCACAUCUCCCCCAACGUCAUCUUCAAAGCCCUGCAGCAGGCCGACUCUCCCGCGUCCAGCUUGGGCGAAGUGCACUCUCCGGGAGACCACUCAGGUCAGUCCCAGGGUCCCCCCACUCCUCCCACGACCCCCAAAACGGACCUGCCGCCCAGCAAAGUGGAUCUGAAGCGCGAGGGCCGUCCGCUGCAGGAGGGCAUCGACUUCGGUACCGUGGACAUCGGCGAGCUGAGCAGCGACGUCAUCUCCAACAUGGAGCCGUUCGACGUCAACGAGUUCGACCAGUACCUGCCUCCUCACGGACACCCGGGGGUCAGCGGCGGCGGCGCGCAGGCGUACCCCGCCGGGUUCGGGGGCGCCUGGAUGUCCAAACAGCAUUCCAUGGCCAGCGGCGGCGAGCAGAGCCAAGGCCAGCAGCGGACGCAGAUCAAGACGGAGCAGCUGAGCCCCAGCCACUACAGUGAGCAGCAGCAGCAGCAGGGCUCUCCGCAGCAUGUGGCCUACGGCUGCUUCAACCUGCAGCACUACAGCAGCGGCGGCGGCGGCGGCUCGUACUACAACUACACCGAGCACCAGAGCCCCGCCGGCUCCUACUACAGCCAGUACCCCGCCUUCAGCUACCAGAGGCCCAUGUACACCCCGAUCGCCGACACGCUGCCGCAGGCGCACAGUCCGCAGCACUGGGAGCAGCAGCCCGUCUACACCCAACUGUCCAGGCCCUGAGGGACUGAGAGGCCAUCCCGGCUGGAGACGAACUCAGAAUGCUCCCGACUGUGCCUUUGGAGUUGUGAUUAUAUUUUUUCUAGAUAUAAUGAGACAAAGAGAAUCCUCUGUGAGGACAGAUUCCAGAUAAUUAUUUUAGUAUGUACUGUGUAUGUGUCACGUGAGUGCGUGUUUCGUGUCGGGGGAUUCGCGCGCAGCUGCCUGAUGAUAUUUUCCUCUGUAUAUAUUUGUGGGGGUUUCUUACAACUCGGGCGAAGUGUUGAACUGUCGGAUGUACAGUCGAGUCCGUGCCUAUCUCUCGUUUCUGUGAAAACUGCCUCUAGAGUCCGUCUGUGCCUAUAGAGAUCUUGCUGCUGGAGGAGGAACGGGAAGUGCCCUUUGACCCGAGGCUCCUCCGCAGCUCGCCAUUGGUCAGAUUGUCAUUCCUCCAAUCUUAACCUCUUUAAUUUAUUCAUUAGCGUUCAUUUGACUUGAAAGUAAUACUAUUUGCGUUAUAUCAUUUACUCGGGCUUCGUACGACUAAUUUGUGAUUAAACGUUUUCGAUUACGAUUUAGUUGUAGUGCAGACUUUAACCAUCUCAUUUAUUUAUCGUUUGUUAAUGUUUCCAUUUAGAAUGUCUGUCUAAAAAUGUUCUUUUGGUAAUCUAGUUGACGUCUAAUUGUGAAACUUGAUCAAGCCUUUCAUAGAAACAACUGGAACUUGUGUUUUGUUUUUUUUUUCGUUCUCAAACAUGUUGACUUCUGCUACAUCUCUACAGAAACACACCAGCAUUUAUUUCUUUCCCCUUGUUUUUUUAUGCCAUAAAGAAAAACUGUAAAACAUGCCACCGUCUUAAAAGAGUCUUAUCUUUUGUAUCAUG